UAUAGCUUUAUGUGUUAGGCGAAAGGAACAAAAUAUAAAUUAUUGUCAUUCUUCGGCGCCUCCACCGCCACGCCAUCAACAUGGUCCAAGAAACGUUACUCUUCCUCUUCGCUGCCGCCACCAUCAUCGUCGGGUUCGCUCGGCCGGACUGCAAUACUGGCAAUUGUCAUCGACUAGAAAUGUGCGCAGACAGGCCUUGGGCCGAGUCACGGGGAGAACGCAACGACGAUCGAGUGAGAAUCGUAGACGCACCUCUGGGCUCGGACAUAGUAUUCCUGUGCAACUAUUGUGGCGAGAGGGAUAAAGGCCAGGCCCGGUUUUGGUAUACUUCGCACAGAAUGCUGCACUCGAAAGACACCGACGCGGGUCGGAAGGAAGUGGUACUGGGUAUGUCAGACCCGAUGGAGUCAAACCGGGUGUACAUGAUGCCUGACCAUCGCCUGGUAGUCCGGAACUUGACUUCUUCCGACACCGGCCGGUACUCGUGUUCCGGUCUCGAGACUGACGAUUACGUCGAAUUUGCCCUCGACCUACUACCGGCGAAUGUGGGGGGAUGGCUCGGUGACGAUGUCUCAGUGGUGACUGCUGAUUCGAUGGCAGGAUGGACGCAGUAUGAGUCACGGUACUUGACACCGAUCACCAAGGCUUUUCCGCGAGUUCGGAAAAUAGAUGUGGACUGGGAUACAUGGGGACCGUGCGAUGGGUGUGCGGGCAAGCGGUACCGGAGGGCUGCUUGUCGGGUCCUUUUCGACGACGAUGUCCGCAUGGCUUGCAGGUAAUAUUAUAAUAUAAUAUACGAGCAUAAUACGAAAUGUUAUCAUAGGGCCCGAAG